ACAUGUAUAGCCGCCGCCAUUGUUGUGGGAAAGGAAGCGCUUUUCGGGGAUAUUUCGUUGGAAUUUACGUAUACAGCAGGACUUGAUAUAGUGGAGUGAAAAACAUUGUGAAACCUCAAACUUUUAAGACAUUGAUAGACUUAUUGUUUCUUUGUGAGAGACAUCUAGGAGGACAGAAUAAGUGUGAUGUCGGCAAGCAUUGAUCAGAGGACAAAGGGACAGCCAAAUCAAGUGGCGAAUGGAGCUGUUAAAGAAACUGUGAAGGAAGAAGAGUUUGAUCCCUACCUCCAGCAGCCAGCUGCCCAUCAGGCUGGAUACAGUGCCGGACCAAUGUCAAGCCCUGGAGUUUCCGAUACCUUCAUGCCAAGUUAUUAUAAUCCUUCUAUGUCUUUCCCAUAUUUGGGACAAGGACUGAGUGAGGGUGGAGCCUGGUCUAAUGGGGGUGAUGCCACUAUGUUCUCAAUUGGAAGUUAUGAUUACAAUGGAAUGUUCAGUAGUGCAGGAUUUGGUUACCCUCAAUUUGGAUGGACUGAUUAUUCGGGGAGUGACUAUUGGGGUAAUGCAGCAGGACAGGCUAGAAAGGAUGCUAGGGGUUACCCUGAUGAUUACUACCGGACAGAAAACAUGAUUCCGGCAGAUCCCUACACAAUGAAUGGUGGUGAGUUUGAACGUGAUCCAAACAUGGCAGGGGUGGAGCAGGGACUAAAAGGCAUGAAUAUUAGUGAUAAACAGGUGGAUGCUCAUGGUGUGACUGUUAAUGACCAAGGUCAUUUACAAGGGGACAUGAGUGGAGCACCAGUUCCUGCAGGACCUGUGCAGCAUGUGCCUGUGACGUCUCAAGCUCCUAAAAAGGCUUCAUGGGCAGCCAUCGCCAGUCAGCCUGCUCGACCCCAGCCCCAACUGAAACAUCGGACUAUUCCUAGAGCCCCAAUGAAUCCAAACAACAAGCAAAACAUGGACAUUGGGACUUGGGAUACCCGCAACAAUGGAGGAAACAAGCAAGGCAAUGGACAGGGACGAACGUGGAAUGUGCCACGAAGGUCUGGCAUGAACUCUUAUAAUUCUAGUUCUAAUUCGGGCCACUCUAAUCAAUCUUCAAGCGCUGGAAGUUCUGGACUAGCUUUAAUUCCGAACCCCCAACAAGGGGCCACCGCUCACCCUGUGUUAGAAAAACUGCGCUCUGCCAACCAAUACAACCCAAAGGAUUUCAAUAUGAAUCCACGUGGAGCCAGGUUCUUUGUCAUCAAGAGCUACUCGGAGGACGAUAUUCACCGUUCCAUCAAGUACAGCAUUUGGUGUAGUACAGAGCAUGGUAAUAAGAGACUGGAUAGUGCAUACAAGGAGCGCGAGUCGAAGGGACCGAUCUACCUGUUCUAUAGUGUCAAUGGCAGUGGUCACUUCUGUGGCAUGGCCCAGAUGAUGUCUACACUGGACUACAAUCGUAGUGCAGGGGUUUGGGCCCAGGACAAGUGGAAAGGUCAGUUUGAAGUCAAAUGGAUAUAUGUGAAGGACGUUCCCAACAGUCAACUUAGGCACAUUCGUCUGGAGAACAAUGAAAACAAGCCUGUCACGAACUCUCGUGAUACACAGGAAGUGCCGCCAGAGAAAGGGAAGCAGGUGUUGAAGCUCCUUCAUACUUACCGUCACACAACUUCCAUAUUUGAUGACUUUGGUCACUACGAGAAACGCCAAGAAGAAGAGGAUCCAGCUGAUGAGGAACAAGCACCAACACAGCAACAGCAGCAGCAACAACGCCCUGCACAGCAGAGACAGUAGAAAUGUCACAGGAUGACCCCCGGUUCUAAAGAGGUCAAAAGGUCUAUGACCACACCUGCGACUUCCCCCACGGAACUUGAAGAUAUAUAUAAAUAUCAAGUGUGGAGAGGAAAUUUUCAGUUUAUUUAACACGUGGAUCUUAACUAACUAGUGUAGUGAUAUGGUGUUGAUGGAUCCAGAUAUAAUGCGCUGUGAGAAAAAUCGUACAAAAAUUCUUCAAUUUUAAAAUUUUUAUUAUAAAGUGAUAUUCUGUUA